UCAGCUAGUUGCAUAACCCUUCUAUUUGCCCAGAGCUUUUGUCCAGAAACUCUCUGUCCUGAGAGGUGAUUAAAGAAGGCAUCCAGCAAGAACUGCACAAGAAACGGAGUCAGCCGGAGAACAAGGAGUGGUCUUCCACUGCCUCACAGGAGGAUGGAGGCCCACAACGCAUCUGCCCCUUUCAACUUCACCCUGCCACCCAACUUUGGCAAGCGCCCCACAGACCUGGCACUGAGCAUCAUCCUGGUGUUCAUGUUGUUCUUCGUUAUGCUCUCGCUGGGCUGCACCAUGGAGUUCAGCAAGAUCAAGGCUCACUUAUGGAAGCCUAAAGGACUGGCCAUCGCCCUGGUGGCACAGUAUGGCAUCAUGCCCCUUACGGCCUUUGUGCUGGGCAAGGUCUUCCAGUUGAACAACAUUGAGGCGCUGGCCAUCCUGGUCUGUGGCUGCUCACCUGGAGGGAACCUGUCCAAUGUCUUCAGUCUGGCCAUGAAGGGGGACAUGAAUCUCAGCAUUGUGAUGACCACCUGCUCCACCUUCUGUGCCCUUGGCAUGAUGCCUCUCCUCCUGUACCUCUACACCAGGGGGAUCUAUGAUGGGGACCUGAAGGACAAGGUGCCCUAUGGACGCAUCAUAUUGUCACUGGUCCCGGUUCUCAUUCCUUGCACCAUAGGGAUCGUCCUCAAAUCCAAACGGCCACAAUACAUGCGCUAUGUCAUCAAGGGAGGGAUGAUCAUCAUUCUCUUGUGCAGUGUGGCCGUCACAGUUCUCUCUGCCAUCAAUGUGGGCAAGAGCAUCAUGUUUGCCAUGACACCACUCUUGAUUGCCACCUCCUCCCUGAUGCCUUUUAUUGGCUUUCUGCUCGGUUAUGUUCUCUCUGCUCUCUUCUGCCUCAAUGGACGGUGCCGACGCACUGUCAGCAUGGAGACCGGAUGCCAAAAUGUCCAACUGUGUUCCACCAUCCUCAAUGUGGCCUUUCCCCCUGAGGUCAUUGGACCACUUUUCUUCUUUCCCCUCCUCUACAUGAUUUUCCAGCUUGGAGAAGGGCUUCUCCUCAUUGCCAUGUUUCGGUGCUAUGAGAAAUUCAAGACUCCCAAGGAUAAAACAAAAAUGAUCUACACUGCUGCCACAACUGAAGAAACAAUUCCAGGAGCUCUGGGAAAUGGCACCUACAAAGGGGAGGACUGCUCCCCUUGCACAGCCUAGCCCUUCCCCUGGUGGCCUGGAUUCUGGUCCCAAAGCAAUUCUGAAAGCCAGUCUGGUCAACUACAGAGAGCAGCAAAAACACCAGUCUUGCCUGAGUCUCUCUCCAGCAUUUCCAGUACAUCUAUCAGAAUCUCAUCAAGCCUUGGCCGGGAACACAGACAGGGUGUCUGCCCAAGAAGCCUCAACUAUCCCCAACUUAGAAUUUGCUACUUAUUUCAAAGACUUGUUUAGUGACUGGAAAUUCUAUGAAACCAGAAACCAAAUCUGCCUCUUGCCAGGAUCUCUGAAACAGUGCCUGAUAAUCAUCUUAAGUUACUCAAUUCCUGAACUAAUCAAUAUAUAUGUUUAACCCAUUACUCAAAUACCCAAAUCCCAUUCCAAGUUUUGUGACCCAAAAGAGAAAUAAAUGUUCAAGAAUGCUGUAGAAUUAGACUUCAGAAGUUCUAAUCUAAAAAAUUCAGAUCCCAUUCCUUCCCUUUUGACAUGAUUGGGAUGACGCUCCCGAAAAGUCAAAUUUGACAUUAAGUAUGCAAAAGUGAACACAGUAAGAUGCAAUUAGGCAAAACAAACUCAAAAAUAGCUAAUGAAAUGAAAAAACUGGGCAAAUGCAUCAUGUUAGUAGAGGAGAAAAACAUUUGACAAGGAAAAACCAGGAAACAAACACAUACAGUAACACAAUGUCACCUAAGAAUCUCUUUUUUAAGUUCAGUAGAUACUGGGUUUUAACACAAAGCACCCCCAAAACUGGGUACAGCAAACUAAAGGAGUGGUUUCCCAAUUCAAAGAAAAAUGUUCAAAUACCUAGAAUUCACAAAUUUCAAAUUGUCUCUAAUAAAAUUUAAACUGUUUAUCAUAUGCAAAUAAAGAUCAAGUAAAUGAUUAA